AAAGAAAAAAACACGAGCAAACUUUGCAAAAAUGCAGAUAAAGACCUGGGGGGAAAGAAGAUGAUUUGACGCGGUAUAGGGAUCCUCACCUUUAUAACUAAAACAAGGUCACACACACGUACGGUGAUGGUUAGGUUGAGACAUGGACACCUCUUAUUAAGACCUCCUGCUGGUCCCGUGACCGCACCUUGAACCUUUGCUGUACUAAUAUGCUGCCAGGUGACGCACAGGUUAGGUUACCUGAAUCCUGCCGUCGCGUGCUGCUCUGGACAGCUCCUCUGGUACUGAACUGAAGUGAUCCUGAGUCUCGAGCUGGAAGUCUUGCCUCUGAUUGGAUAAGAGAUGCACAGUCGCCGCUUAUUGGACGUUUCAGCUGCCACACAAAUGGAUUUCCUCCACAACAGACUGAACCAGGGAGCAGCUGCUGCAGAACCAGUGCACUGUGUCACCGGGCACCGGAGGAAGAUGGUUUUACAGCGAGGUCCAUACAGCUUGUCGCCACGGGCCCGGUAAAGAUAUCCACCAAAGUUGUCUCACUUAAUGCUCCAUGGCUGCACCCUGACACUAUCAUCUGUUCAACCUCUUUCCACCAUCCCCCCCAUCAAGCUCCUCUUCCCUCCUCCUCAACCUGUGGCCUAUUUAUAUCCUGGAGACUGAAAGAGCCCAUUACAGCUCUGUGGACCUCUUCAGGAAGACAAAACUGAGAGCAUGAAUCCGAUCUCCGUCUGAUGUUCAGGCUCAGCAUUGUUUUUUCAACAGCUACACAUCAGGAACAAUAGUUAGCAAUGUUGGAAUUCCUUAAAAUGCAACAAAACUGCCGCUCCAUCAAGCUUCAGAUGACUGACUGGCAUUAGGUUGUGAAGAGGACAGUUUUGCAGCUGCAUCAGAUUUGGGUAAUCCUGGAGGCAGCAUGUACUCGCGUACACAGACUGGAGGUUCUGCACUAUUUUGUUGAGAUACAGGAAACCAGCAUUCAUAACAUUUGUUAUUUGACUCAGUUGUAUGAAAAGUUAUGAGCUUUGGACAAGGACACUGAAAGGUUUUUCUAUUUUCACAUCUGAAGGUAAGUCAGAGUUUUUGUCCCAUUAGAAUUGGCUCUUUAUCAAUGUUUAAAUUAGAUCUAUAAUAAUAAUAAUAAUAAUAAUAAUCUAAUAUGAUUAGAAAAGAAAGUGAGAACAUUUUGUAGUUGCUUUAUAAAAAUGUUUGAUCUUGGAAGUUCAAGAGUGUAGUUAGUUUAGAAGGGUUGAUUUUUAAAAGACAAUUGCAUAAUUUAGGAAAAUCAAUCGUUCACAGUGCAUGCAUAUGAUAUGUUUUUUACUUUUUUCUUAUUGAUCAUCCAGUCUCCCACCACCCCCAGCCAUGAGCUAAGCCAACGCCACCCUGGGUGUCCCUUGCAGGAUGACUGCUGUCUGCCCCUCGGAGAGCAGCCCAGAAGGGGCUGAAACGGGGGCUGGGACAGCAGGCUCUAGGGGACGCGGGCCAGCAGGCACUGCUGGGAGCAUCUCAGUUUCUAGGGUAGAGACUACAGAGUCUAAUGGAGACUCUGUCGGAGGUUCAGUUGGAGGCACAGCUGUGGUCACUGGUGGCCAAAAGUACAGCCGCUGGAGCCGCCAGGACAGCUCCGACAUCAACACAGAUGACGAAGGAGCUACUGUCCGCCGCCUCACUCCUCUGGAAAAGCUGAAUCUGGACAUGUGCCAGGAUGACAGGGUGGUCCGUGAGCUAACAGUGGGAAGAAGAAUCGGCUUCUACAAAAUUCGAGGAGAGAUCGGCUGUGGAAAUUUCUCCCAUGUCAAGUUAGGAAUCCAUGCCCUCACUAAAGACAAAGUGGCCAUAAAGAUCCUAGAUAAAACCAAGCUGGAUCAGAAGACUCAGCGACUUCUGUCCAGAGAGAUCUCUAGCAUGGAGAAACUACACCAUCCCAACAUCAUACGCCUCUAUGAGGUGGUGGAGACGUUGUCACGGUUACACCUGGUGAUGGAGUAUGCAGGGGGAGGGGAGCUCUACACAAAGAUUACGACAGAGGGGAAACUCUCUGACACCGAUAGCAAGAUUGUAUUCUCUCAGAUCCUCUCUGCUGUCAAACACAUGCAUGAAAACAACAUCAUCCACAGGGACCUGAAAGCAGAAAAUGUCUUCUACACCAGCAGCUCCUGUGUCAAGGUUGGGGAUUUUGGCUUUAGCACGCUGAGCCACCGCAGUGAGACACUCAACACAUUCUGCGGCUCUCCUCCUUACGCUGCGCCUGAGCUCUUCCGGGAUGAGCACUAUGUCGGCAUCUUUGUAGACAUCUGGGCCUUGGGGGUGAUGUUGUUCUUUAUGGUGACAUGCACCAUGCCGUUCAGGGCAGACACUGUGCCCAAACUGAAGCGGUGCAUCCUAGAGGGGGCCUACAUCCUGCCUUCAUGGGUGCCAGAGGCAUGCCAGCGGCUGAUCAGGGGAAUUCUCCAGCCCAUACCGUCUGACCGCUGUACAGUGGAGCAGAUGAUGGGCUGUGAGUGGCUGCUCCCAGUUGACUUCCCACGUGCCAUGGAGCCCUUCAAACUAGACCCAUCUUACCUAGCAGAAAGUGAUCCAUCCGAACUAGAAGAGGAAGAGAUAGAGGUGAAAGCAGCACUGGAAACACUGGGAAUCAGCACAGAGCAUAUCCUCAACAACCAAGGAAAAGACUGCAGGAGCUCCAUCACAGGGAUCUAUAGGAUCCUGCUACACCGUGCUCACAAGAAACGGGCUGUUGUGAGCGUGCCUGUGGUCACACAGGUAGUCAAACCAAAAACACAGAGUAAAAAGGAACGGCUAAAAGUGUAUCGUAGUCUAAGGCACACAUCUAAGCUCUGUGUGAUUCUGUGACAAAAUGUUCUGCUCUGGAAAUAUUUUGAUUUUGCAAGAAAAGGUGCUUUUCAGUUCAGCAGUUUAACUUACACCCUUACUUGGCUCCUAAAAAAAACCGCAUUUCUUCCUAAAGUUUCUUUCUUCUAGUAAGUAAUAUUAGUCUCUGUGAGAAUGUUGCUGUUGGUGAAUCAUGAUUGUAUCCUUUUUGACAAGGACCUACUCAUGAGAGCUGGAAAUGUUAUAAAAUAAAUGUACAAGUUCAUAUAAUGAUGAUUAGAGAGCACAUACUUCUUUGGUAAUGAUUUUUAUUGAGGUCUUUGAAAUAAGUAUUAAUUAUUAGAUAAAAAGUCCUUUAUAUAAUGCAUAUUAACAGUUGCUAAUAAGGAUAUAUAAAUGUUUGUAGUAUUAAUAACACAUUUAAUGACAUUGUUCUUAUUCAAGUUCUGGUACUGUAGCUGCAGAAAGUAUUUUUGUUAUUAAGUGGAUUGCUAAUUGCUAAUGGGGGCAGAUCAAGUAUACCUAAUGUGUUUUAUUAACACUUACAGUGGUAUUUAACACAUCAUAAUGUCAAUAGGCAUUUUAUAAGGCCCAACAGAGACCUUUUUACCUACUAAUGCUUAUUACAAGGACCUUUAAAAUAAAGCAUUACCAGAACUUUGCAUUGAGACACGGAGGCCAGAUAUGUACUGUAUAGCCCACAUGCAUUUAAUAAUUAGUGCUGGAACACCAAUAAACCCUAUGAGACAUUAAUGUAGCAUAAAUCUUAAGGAAAAAAGUUAGAAAUCCACAACAUAAUGCGGAGGUGAUGAAAUGGUGAAACAUGCAGCUAGUACAUGAAAUAUAUUGUCUUUAAUGUUUAUUUGCACUUUUUUCUGCAAUGCCUUACUUUUUCUAUCAUGCUAUGAAAUCAGCCAGACUGACUUCAUAAUACUCUUUAAUGUUUGUGAAGAUAUGAAGAGAGAUUUCACCUACUUCUGUAUGAUAUGUUGUUUAACGGAUUGACCUGAAUGACUUCAGACUAUUUCCAUUGGGCCUGAGAGGGACAAGGGAUACCACUAAACUAAUAACACCAUCACCAAAGUUAUUGUUUGCUCAUGUAGAAAAAACAAUAUUCAGAUUUGAAUGAGUCAUAGUUCCAGUUAUUCAUUUUUUAAGUUAUCUGAUGUCAAUUUC